AUGGCCCCAGCAAUUAGAAUCGUGGAAGUAGGUCCUCGGGAUGGCCUUCAGAACAUCUCGGACGCAAUACACACAUCGACCAAAUUGGAGUUGAUACAGCGACUUCACCAGACUGGCCUGAAUACGAUUGAAUUGACCUCAGUGGUUUCGCCCAAAGCGAUUCCGCAGUUGGCGGAUUGUCGUGAGGUACUUGGUAAUGCAGACAUAAACGCCCUCCUGGACGACCCCCGGCUUCGGCUGCCGGUUCUAGUUCCCAAUGAGAAGGGUCUUGAGAUUGCUAGACAGCAUGAUGUGCGAGAGAUUGCCUUGUUCAUCAGCGCUACAGAGGGUUUCAGCAAAGCCAACAUCAACUGUACUGUGGCUCAGGGGAUCGAACGGAAUAUCAAGCUAGCGGCAUUAGCUAAAGCGUCUGGUAUCGCUGUGAGAGGCUACGUCUCUUGCAUUUUUGCGGAUCCCUAUGAUGGUCCAACCCCAUUAUCAGCAGUUCUCCACUGCGCCAAGUCUCUCCUCGACGCCGGGUGCUACGAGGUCAGCCUUGGGGACACUUUGGGCAUUGGUUCCCCGUCAAACGUGAACGAGCUCAUCAAUUACCUAGUAUCCAACGGUAUUCCAGUUGAGAAGCUAGCAGGGCAUUUCCAUGACACCUACGGCCAAGCAGUCGCAAAUGUAUGGGAAGCAUUCAACAACGGAAUCCGCGUGUUCGACAGCAGCGUGGCCGGUCUGGGCGGCUGUCCAUUUGCUCCAGGAGCAAAAGGAAACGUUGCGUCCGAAGAUCUAGUAUACAUGUUCCACAACGCCGGUAUCUCGACUGGGGUCAACCUGCCCAAGCUAGUUGAAACGGGUGUGUGGAUAUCCAAGAAGCUCGGAAAGAGCAACUCCAGUCGGGUUGGAACGGCGUUAUCAACGAAAGCCCCGGUCACGAAGUCCAAAUCAGUUCGUCUCAAUUGGACUAUGUUGAACGAGACCGAAGGCUUGCAGAUAUAUCGAUCCGGGGUGAAUUUGAAAAUCGUCCUCAACAGGCCCAGGAACGGCAACACGCUGACUGUGGCCAUGAUUUCGGAUUUGAAAUCGGCAAUCGCGAGCGCAAGUACCAAUCCGUUAAUCUCGCGGAUUGUCAUCACAGCCAAUGGCAGAUUCUUCUGCACAGGGAUGGAUCUCGGCAAAGGAAGCACGGCCGUCGGAGAGAAUUCAAGCGAUGCACAAUUCACAAGACUGACGGAUCUUUUCGAAGUAAUUGAUCAAUGUCCCAAGGUUACGAUUGCGGCCUUGAAUGGACCUGCCUUUGGGGGAGGAGUCGGUCUUGCAUUCGCGUGCGACUUGCGCAUCUUCACAAAGGGAUCAAACCUUACGCUGAGCGAGGUGAAAUUGGGGAUCUGUGCUGCGACGAUAUCCAAGUACGUGAUUCGGGAGCUUGGGGUUGCGUUCGCGCGGGAGUUCAUGUUAUCUGCUCGAGAAGUGACCCCAACCGAGUUGAAAUCAUUUGGGGUGGUUACUGAGAUCGCAGAGAACGAAGAAGAUUUGCGAAGGAGGGUUGACAGUAUGUUGGUCAGGCUCAAGGCAGCUUCGGCGGAUGCUUCGCGCAUGUCGAAGGAACUAGUCAGACUGGCUUGGGCUCAUGGGGGGAGUGAGGAGCAAGCAUCUGGGAUCAAGGCACUGUUUGAGGAGAUGAUGCGUCCUAAUGCGGAUGGAGCACACGGGGUGAAGGAGUUUCAUGCGAAAAGGAAGGUGGACUGGGAUGUGUACGUUCAACGGAAGGUAAAGCUGUGA